GGUUGUGCUGUUGUCACUUUGCAGAAAAGGGAAACAAGCGGUAAUGCGGGAAAGCACCGCGUCGCCUCUCUGCUGGUGUCCGCUUCAGACUGCAACCAUGAAGGAUAGAGAUUGAGCAGAUGAGGUGAACUGCAAAAAAACCCAACAAACAACCGAAAAGCAAGCUGUGAAAGCAACAAAAAAUCAUGUUCAUCAUCACAACAGAAAGCUGGGUGACCAACAAGAGGCCCGAUCAGAGUUUCGGAUCAUCAGUGUGGAUGAAGUGAAUGCGGGCAGAAGGGACGGACAGCGCCGUGCAGAGCUGCAGUGAACGACGGAGAGAAGAGGAGCAAAAGCUGCGUGUGUGUGUGUGUGUGUGUGUGUGUUUUCAUAAGCGGAGCUCGGCUGUGGGAGCGGAGUGGGGGAUGUCGGGCAGAAGUGGAGCAGCACCUCGGGGGUGCAGCAACCCCAGCCUGCAGCCCCUCAGAGCCACAGUCCCAUACCAGCUCCAGAGGGGCUCAGCUCUCCUCUGCAGAGAGGUCAAGACGGCUGACAGGACCUCGGCUCGCCCACCGAAACCCACCAUCCGCCGAACUCUUUCUCUGGAUGCCAUCGUUGGACCCUAUCUGCAGGGACAGUGGCCCAAAGAGGCCGAGAGCACGGCAGUUACCUGUGUGAACGACAAAGCCACGCAGACCCCAAGUUCCUGGGCCGAGGAGACCCGGGGAAGGAGAAGCAGCGGAGGACACAAGCGCUCAGCGUCGUGGGGCAGUGCAGAGCACCUUAGGGAGGUGGCCAAGCUGAGGCACCAGUUGCAGAAGCGCUCCCGCCAUGCCCCUCCCUCAGCAGGAUACGAGCUCCCCCACCACCCCCUGCCAGCAGGUCAUGCCGCAGGCAUUACUCAGACAGUGCCCCUGAUGCCGCUGAACAGACUUGCACCACGGCUGCGACGUAGUGUUGAAGGCCUAAACUUGGAGCUGGAGGAGGUGUUUGUUUCUGAGAAACCUGAUGAUCAGCAUGAGAUUUUGGAUAUCCCAGAUGGCCACAGGGCCCCUGUCCCUGCCCAGAGAUGCAGCAGUGGCUCUCAGAGUGAGCCCUCCCCAGGCCCCCUGGACCCUUCCCUCCUCUCUCCUUCUCAGUCCCCCUGUCCGCUAGAUCCCUUGCUUCUGUCGCCUUCAAAUUCCCCCUGUCCAUUGAACCCAGCUCUCUUGUCUCCAUCACAGUCUCCCUGUCCCAUGGGAGAGCCAGAACCUGUGGACUGUGAGACCCUGUGUCCCUCUCCGUCGACGUCACUCCCCUCAUUUGCACUGGAUCCUCCUCUGUUGCAGUCCUGCUCCUCCUCUCCACGUCCCAACAAAACCUGCUCCUUUCAGCGCGAGCCACCAGAAGGCUGCGAGCGAGUACGAGUAUGCGAGGAAGCAUUGUCUGCCUGUCAGGAUGAGCCUCUCCUUCUCCAGCCAUCCUGCCCUGACCCCAAUAAAGUCAACUUUACCCCCCACGGCGGCUCCGCUUUCUGCCCCGUCAGUCUCCUGAAGCCCCUCCUGCCCUCCAUGGACCUCCUCUUCCGCGGCCUGUCAGUCUCUCCGGUCACCGGCUGCCCAGGUCAGGCUUCUCCGACCAGGCACCUGGGUAUGCAGUAGGUGGAUAUCUGAGCAGGGCCUCUCAGGACUAAACCACAGUGCACUGCCUAGGAUUCUGCAGGAACUGGAUAUGUUUCACACGCAUGGUGCCAACAGAUUACCUGUGGUUACCUGACUCAUCAGUGCUGUAACGUGCUAUAAUUACUGUGAUCAAAAUGAGAGACUGUAAGCAUUUCAUCAUACUCUAGAUUAACUUUGGCCUAAAAUCUGACUGCUUCAUUGAUUAUUUCCACCAGCGUGAGGCUUUGAUUCAGCUGAUAUUCACUUCAUCAGCACUUAAAGGUCCAGUGUGUGGGAUUUAGUGGCAACUCCCUUGUUUCAUCCUCUUCUUCCAAGCACAAAGGAGUCCACGAAACAUGUGAAAAACGUGAAUAUUUAGGAACCAGUGUUUGGUUUGUCCAUUCUGGGCUACUGUAGAAACAUGACGGCCUCCGUAGAUUAAAAACAGCUAAUCUUAAGGUUACAAAAACAUAACGAUUCUUAUUUUCAGGUGAUUAUACAAUAAUAAAAACUUACCUAUGAACAUUAUAUUACAUUUCUGCCACACUGGACCUUUAAAUUGUCUUGGUAUUCCCCCAUAUUGGCUAUUGAUUAGACUACCGGACUGAACCUGUAGUCUAAUCCAUAGCCAAUAAAUUCUGGAAAUGUUAGAAAAAUGCUGGAAAAGUUCUCUGGUCUACUGAGUUUUUUACAUUUUCUUUUGGUAAAACUGAAUAUUGAUUAUGUUUUUCAUGUUUAAUGUCAAAAUGAGUCCAAAAACCACCAAAAAGCACUUAGAACACAGGAGUAUUACUUUCUUACUAUCAUUUACUAUUAUCCUAGUAAAGUAUUUUUAAAGUUUAGAUGAACUUUCAGGUUAAUUUCAGAGACUUCACUGAUGAAAAACACAACUACUUGAUAGGUUUGUUCCUUUAAAAUCUGUUGGUUGAAGAAAAAUAUUUUUGGCCUUUCAUUUACGUUGGCCUACUUUUCUACAGAUGUAUUUCUAGGAAGAUAUAUAUUUUUGUAUCUUUGUAAGGAGUUGUGGGGCUGGUGAUACUAGUUUUUUGUAUUCACUGAAGAAAUCAACUUGUAAUUUCUGUUUAUAACUUUGGUGAUUUGUAAGCAGGAAUUUACGUUUUUAUUAGCUUUACUUGCCUACAGCAGGCCCUGUUCUAACCAAACUGUUGCAAGUUUGUCAACUUUGAGGUUUUUUUUGUUCAAUCUGAGCCUCUUUGGACAGAAAUAUUCACUUUGAUACGGAGGAGGUUGAUUCCCUCUGCUCUAGUUCAUGAUGUUCAAAUGGAUAAAUCGCUGUCAGCAGGGUCCUAAGCAGCUCUAUAGUAAAAAGUGGAUGAAAAAUACAUCAUUAUUUCAGCCAUGAAUGCACCCUUUUCAUACUUUUUAGGGUCAUAACAGUAAAAAAGUUAAAUGUGCUCUUGCCAUUGUGAAGAAAAUAAAAAUAACCACAUUUUCUGGGCGUUUAAAUACA